AUGGCUCAAGAAGAUUAUAACCUAGACAUGAACACCGAGUCUGUGGAGUUAGCCUACUCAUUACCAGAAGCAAUGAUGCAACAGAUGGCUCCAGACACCCCUCCUGUUCAUGUUACAAGUGAUAGACAAGUUCAGAACUUGCUCGAGAUAACUAAAACACAUGAAAUAUUUCCAUUGGCUUUUGGGAUCGUAGAUGGUGAAAAUGAUGUAUCUAGGGAAUGGUUUUUCACAAAAUUGGCGAGUUGUGUAUCUGAUGAGUAUCCUCUGGUGAUAGUCUCCGACCGGCACACGUCCAUUAAAAGUGCGUGUGAUAAGGUGUUCCUUGGGUAUAAAGGGAAGCAUCUCUUGUACUUGGUGAAAGGUGUUGCUUAUGCUCAUACACUUUACUACCGGCACAUGGAUGAGAUAAGGAGUGCAAACCCGGAACUUGCAACUUAUUUGGAGAAUGCCGAAGUGACCCUAUGGUCAAGGGUUCAUUGUCAGGGAGAGUGGUACAACAUAAAAACGAGCAACAUCGCUGAAUCUAUUAAUUCCGCACUGAAGCGAGGUAGAGGAUUUCCGAUUCAAUUCCUGUUGGAGUUCAUAAGGGAUAAGCUAUCAAGGUGGUUUUGGAGAAGGAGAGAAGAUGUUUUGAGUCUCACAACUCAACAUAGUCGGGGGGUUGAAUACUUGUUUGUUGUUCGACCGGAGAUAGCGGAUAAUAUCUCUUUCCAACAAAUUGAUGGAUGGCGAUUCUUUGUCAAAGGUGGCAAAAUGGACUGUGUUGUUGACUUGGAACUUCGAAAGUGUGAUUGUGGUGUCUAUGCAGUCGAGAAAAUACCUUGCUCUCGUGCUAUAGCAGCUGGAUCAUAUGCUGGUUUGCAUAUCUCCACACUUGUAUGCCCGGUCUACUCAAAGGAUAUUCUGUUUGAAGGAUACUCAGAGAAUAUAUAUCCUUGUGUUGGACAACAAAUUGAGGCACGCACAUGCUCUCCUCCGGAAGUAAAGCGCGGUCUGGGGAGACAGAAGAAAUCAAGAUGGCAAUCUUGGUUGGAGCUGUUGAGGAGGAGAGGACGCACACCCCAGAAGCAACACAAGGUUUAUAGGGGCUCGGUCUGCAAAGAAACUGGCCAUACGCGUCCACAAUGUCAGAAAUGA